CUGGGGCGCGACUGUCGGUGCCCUGCGCUCCGCCUGCGCGGACCCAGCUGCGCUCCCGGCUGUCUCGGCGCCCCGGACCCGGUCAUUAACAAGUAGGUUGUUCUGAAAAUAAAGACCUCAGAGGAACGCGCUCCGGUGGUGUCAAGUCUGAAGGCAGAGCUGAAAGUUCGGUCUCUGGCUGUGAAACCCUGCCACCCAGGAUGAUCCUGUCUAAUGCCACGGCCGUGACGCCCUUUCUGACCAAGCUGUGGCAGGGGACAGUACAACAGGGCAGCAACACGUCUGGCCUGGCCCGCAGGUCCCCAGGCCAUGAUGACGGCAAGCUGGCGGCUCUCUACAUUCUCAUGGUGCUGGGCUUUUUUGGUUUCUUCACCCUGGGCAUCAUGCUCAGUUACAUCCGCUCCAAGAAGCUGGAGCACUCCCACGACCCUUACAACGUGUACAUCCAGUCUGACAGCUGGCAGGAGAAGGACAAGGCUUACUUUCAGGCCCGGGUUCUGGAGAACUGCAGGGCGUGUUAUGUCAUAGAAAACCAGCUGGCCGUGGAACGACCCAGUGUCUACCUUCCGGAGAUGAAGCGUUUGUCAUAACCCCGUGGACGGUUAAAACUGGACAAAGCCUCCUCGACGAUCUGCUUUUUCUUAUCCUUAUAGUCUUUAUUGUACGGAUAUAACCGUUUUCAGCUUUUUUUUUUUUCUAUUGUGAGGGGUGGAUUAUUAACACGCUGUUUCUAAGAUCACAUUCCUUCUGUAAUAGACUGGCCAUUGCUCCCCAGUGUCUGUGCCUGCCUUGUUCAUUUCAGCAGAAUCCCUGAGCUCACGCCUCUGAGAAUGAGAGCUGCAUUUCCCAGCCUCCUUUGCAGCUAGCAGGGUCAUGUGAUGACGUUCUGGCCAAUAGAAGCAGGAGUGAUGAGUGCAAUUUCCCAGUGAACCUCCAAAAGGGAAGGAUGUAUCCUCCACUCUCCUCUCCCCCUUCCCAGCAGCUGGGGCUUGGAAGAGGUGGGGGGCCAGCCUUGAUCUGGAAGGACAGUGUAUUCACAGAGGGCAGGUCUGGGUCCCUGGGCAAUGGCAUAAGGCAGCGUCUAGUCACCACCAGCUCAGACUUUGUAGGAAAGAAACUAACUCUGAUCUCCCUUAAGCUGCUGUUGUUUGGGUUUCUGUUAAAGUCACAGAAUCAAUACCCUAGCGAAUACACCUGCCUUAUGGAACUGA